AUGGGUGCUGGCCCAAGUUGGCAGGGAACUGCUUGCGUGGAUCCAUGCUGCCGUAGCAAAGCGGACGAAGAUGACGAGACUGGAUCGCCCGUGGUGGAGGGAUUCCCUGCUCACAAUCACGACCAGGAGCAACCGCAGCAAAACAAAGCUGAGGGCUGGGAUGCCAUAGCGCUGCCUAUGUCGCUGCAGGUGUCUGGUACUGAUGGAAAGCAUGGCAUCCAGACUCUUGCUGUGCCCGUCGCUGUAGCAUAUUCCGGAAUGUCUCCUACAAGCAGCCGCAGUUCAGCAGCUUCUGUUGCAAGAUUGACUCCUAGCCAAAGGCAUACAAAGGGAAGAUACUCUGACGUCGACAUGGCAAUGGUCCGAGGCAUUUCGCUCCGCAAGUCCUUGAGGCGUCUCGGCCGUGUUUGGCGUUACAACCCCUCAACCUGGCUGCCGGAAGAUCGGUUGGCUUUGUACACUCUGUCGGCCCCAGCAAGAUCCUUCAAUGUCUUUUUGUCCCACACUUGGUGGACACCAGGCAGAUGGAAGUUCCUCUCGCUGUCCUUUCAGUGUGGCUGGUGCUAUGUCCUUGCUCUAUGGAUCCUGACUGUGGCGCUCACUGCUUGGUUGUGCUUAGAGGAUGUUCUACCCAUGCCCAUGAAAUACGAAGCUCGAAUCAUGGGCUUCACGGACGUCUGCCCUAUGGGCAUCUGCGUCCUGUGCAGCAGUCUCCUGGCUACUGUGCUGGGGCUUCUGUCGACGCCCUAUUGGCCAAGGUGCCUCUCUUUGGCAGACACGAGCUUCAUUGAUGUGACGUGCAUCAACCAAGUGGACAAGCGGCUCAUGGAACGGGGCGUUUUCAGCAUCGCCGGCUUUCUCGGCCUGGCAGAGGAGCUGCGAAUCCUCUGGAGUGCACCAUACCUCUCAAGGCUCUGGUGCGUCUUUGAGCUGGCAGCAUACAAGAAAGUGAACCCAUCUGGAAAAGUUGCCUUCCGGCCCCUCUUUCUUGAGAGGGUCGUGGCUCUGACUAUGGUGGCGCAGUACGGCGUCUGCCUGCUUCUGCUGGUGGCACGGGAUGUUUUCGGCCCUGGCGUCGUAACAUUUGUGGCGUCCUUCGCGAUUUGGAUCCUGCCAAAUUCCAUGUGCGUGUAUGGACUGAGGAUGAGCUUUCGCGAAAAAUAUCAGCUCCUGAUGCAGCUGGAAAGCUUCGACUUAGAUCAGGUCGGCUGCAGCCAGAAGUUUGAUCGAGAUUUCAUCCAUGCGGCCAUCACGAAGUGGUACGGACAUAAGGACAUGUUCACAAGCUAUGUGCGUCGCGAUUUGAAACAGGAGUUUGCCAAGACUCUGUCAGCCACCAGGCUUCCAAAUCGCUACUUGCUGCUGAUGCUGACUCCUAUUCUCAGCAUGAGCUUCGAGUUUUUCCUGGCGAACUGGAAGGGCGGUGCACCCGUGGAAGUUCUGGUUUCCUACUUCGUGGGCAUGUUCCUGGCAUUCGAUGUUUUCUGUACCAUUUCUGCAAUAUUGUUGAUGAUAUACCUUUGUGACCUUCUAGCUCCGAAGCGCUUCGGCCCCUUCGAUCACAUGCAGACCCUGGCUAUCAUCAUCUUCGUCACAGGUCUGCAAAGCCUGUCGCACGAGGUUGCUGCAAUCUCGUACCAGAGCAGUCUCGAAGGGGCAUUCGGCGCCCUCGCGCUUGCUGUGAUCCUUGCAGCUUUUAUGUGGUGGUUGGAGGGCACUUCCAUCGCCAAGUUGGUCGCGAAGCUGCGGCGACCAGACAACAAGAGUGAUGUGAUCGAUGCUGAGCCAGCCAAGGAAGCAUCUGAAUCUCCGAUGGAGAACCAGGAGCUUCCGGACAUUUAA